CCAUCUCUGUUCGGACCAAAAAAUAAAAAGGUUCCAUCUCUCUCACGGAGGUUUAGGGUUUAUAGUUUUCAAUCUUGUUCCCUCCUUCCAUUGAGAAAGAGAAAGAGAGAGAUGAGAGGAUUACAGUUACCGUUGACCCAAACUCAGAAGGUUCGUCUCCAGAACGCUCUGCAGCAGCUGGAGUCACUCUCCUCCAAGGUCAACUCCGAUGCCUCCGUCACCGUCGCCGAUUCCAUUUCCGUUAACCACGAGGAAGGCGUCCUCAAGGGCCACGGAACCGCAGACAUCAACGGCGACCUCGUUGCCACCCUCUGCGGCGUAGUUGAGCGCGUCAAUAAGCUCGUCUAUGUCCGCGCCCUGCGAUCCAGGUACAAACCCGAAGUUGGAGACAUCGUCAUUGGACGUGUUGUCGAGGUUUCUCAAAAGCGUUGGAGGUUGGAGAUAAAUUACAGUCAAGAUGCAGUUUUGAUGCUUUCUUCUAUGAAUAUGCCUGAUGGUGUCCAGAGACGGCGGACAGCUGUGGAUGAACUAAAUAUGCGUUCAAUUUUUGAAGAGAAGGAUGUUGUUUGUGCUGAAGUUCGUGGUUUCCAGCGUGAUGGCUUACAUCUUCAGGCAAGAAGUCAGAAAUAUGGGAAGCUGAACAGAGGUCAACUGCUAACAGUCCCACCUUACUUAGUUAAGAGGCAAAAGCAACAUUAUCAUCAUCUUGAGCAAUAUGGUGUUGAUUUGAUACUUGGAUGUAAUGGAUUCAUAUGGGUUGGAGAACAUGUUGAAGCCAAAGAUGACAUGGUAGAAGAUCAAGUGAACCAUUCCAAUAGAAAUUCAGCAAGCCUUGAAGAACAAGAGAAAAAUUAUACGGCAUUGGAGACAAGAAAAUACAUAUGCAGGGCUGCUAAUGCUAUUAGAGUAUUAUCUACUUUGGGUUUCAAUAUGACAUUAGAAAUCAUCAAGGGAGUUAUUGAUUUAAGCCUUUCGCUAAAUCUUGAUAUACAUGAUAUGCUUGGUUCGGAGUUCUAUGUUCUGGUUGCUGAAAAAGAGGCUGAAAGGAGAAGCUCAAGUAAAAAGAAGAGGUAGUUUGUAACAUCAUGGUUGAACUGUAGGUCUCCUAGUUUCAUUAUCUAUUUUUCCUCUGCAUAUGGGUAAAAGAGAAAAAAUCGUUGCAAUGUACACUCUUUACCCAAUUUAGUUGACGUUAUUGAAUGGUUGAUUUUAGACAACAAUUAAAUAGUUGUAAAAUAUACGGAGUCCCAAUAAAUUGGGAAGACGAGUUGCAUUUUUUUUUUUAAAUUUUCUUUUCAAUUAACAUUAAUAUUUUGACCUUAAUUGUUUCACAGCAAUAAACCGAGCUCGUAGUGUUUAA